AGUAAUCUCACGAGUGACGACUUGUUCGGUCUUCACCCCUCGGUCUUCACCUCUCGGUCUUUGCAUCUCGUUUUUCUUCCUCGGUCUUGAAUAUGUCAUCUCCAAUUGAUGCAGCCAAGAACAAGCGCACCAGGACCAAUGUCAGGCAAUCUAAAUACGGCUGUUUCACUUGCAAAGCCCGGCGAAUCAAAUGCGAUGAACUGAAGCCGACUUGCCGACGUUGCUUGACUGCCAACAAGUCCUGUGACUAUCCACCUGGAGCACCUCCUGGGCCGUGGUUCGGAACGCAACCUCCAUCUUCAUCGUCAUCACGCGCGUCUUGCCCUCAAAGCAGCCUCACAGUGCCGCAAAACCGCUUCGUCAACCUCGUAUGCAACGUCCUAGUACAAGGUCCCCGUAGGGCCAAGAACGACAUCGAACUUGCCUUCUGGUCGCACAUGGUCCCUCAGCUCACUCAUUCCGUCCCCUCGGUGCAAGCAGCCGCUGCUGCGUUUGGUGCCUCGUACGACGCGCAUGUUCUCAGGGGCAACCGCACGUCAGAGCCAAUCGAGUGCUACACGCGGGCCUUGCGUUUGGUGCAGCUUGAUCUCUCCUCCCUCCAGCACGGCGCCGUCCCGUGUAUUGUUGCGUGUCUGUUUCUCUCGUGCGCAGAGGUUCUGCAACAGCGGCUCGACAAAGGGCUUUUGCACCUCCAAGGCGCUUUUGCUUUGAUGACGUCCCGCGGUGGCAGAAAUGCAGGCACCAUCAUGGACAUCGAGGGAGUUUCGUUGCUUUUACAAAAACUUGAUCUACAUUCUGCAACGUAUGCAGUUGGUCGUGCACCAGAUCUCCCCCCUUUCCCUUCCCCCACGCAAGAUGCUUUGCUAUCAGAAUCGCCCGACCAGUCCCUUUUUCACAUAUUGCACUCGUGUUACUAUUUCACAUCAACAGCGUCCCGAUAUAAAUACGUUAGCGGUCGACUGCUUCCUCCGGAGCUACUCAUCGGGCAAGGUCGCCAGCUCGCUCUUCUGAAACGAUGGCUAUCACACUACAAAACCCCAGCCGUUGUAGCCAAUAACGAACAACUGCUUGUCCUUCGACUUCAAUGUCUUGCCGCAUUGGUCUACGCUGCCAACAUUCUCGAACCCCGCGAAACCGCCUUCGAUAGCUAUAACCCGGAAUUUGAGGAAAUCAUCUCAUCGGCAGAGACACUUGCACGGUAUUCAAUCAGUGACGGCGCUUCUUCGAGUACUCGCCUGCCGUCUUUUACUCCAGAAAUGGGCAUAAUACACCCCUUGUACUUUGCGGCACUGAAAUACAGGCAUCCUACGUGGCGUCGCAGGGCUAUUGAUCUUCUGCGGAAAAGUGGAAGGGAAGGUCCAUGGCGUGGCGAUGUCGAAGCUGCCGUGGUCACAGCUGUUGUAAAAGUGGAGGAGCAGCGAGCAGCAUCAACCAUGGGAAGACCGGGAGAGGAUGUCGCCCACGACUUGCGAGAUUAUACAGAAGCGGAUAGAAUCAACGCCUGUUGGGUAGUCGAUUAUGUGGAUAAGGAGGUGGGCGAUGAUGUUAUUGAAACAUGCAGUCAAAGUCACGGGACGAGGAGUAUCGAGCUGGUACUGAUGAGGUGUUACGACGUGGAUAAUAUGUUGCGAGGGACGGUCCUCGGUCCUUGUCAAGACCCAUGGCAGGAUCGGACGCACUGGCACGGAUGGAAACAAAUAGUUCAAGUUCCUUAAGAGACGACGCAC